AUGGUUGUGGUGAUGAGGAGGAUAUGGCUGAGAAGGAAUGCCAUGGUGUUUGAUAAUAAGCUUGUAGGGCCAAAUGAAGUGUUUAACCAGGCUGUUCAAUGUUUGACAGACUUUCAGUUGGCUCAAGUGAAGCAGACCGGUAAAGCAAACAGUAGUGGUCCUAUAAGCAAUAAGGCUACUCAUUGGAAACCACCUAUGGGUGAAAUAUUGAAGGUUAAUUGGAAUGCAGUAUGGAAAACCAAGGAGGACAGAAGUGGAAUUGGGGUGGUGAUCCGAGAUAGUAGUGGGGAAAUAAUUGCUUCUCUCUGCUGUCCUAGAACAAAGGUGCAAGAUGCAAUGGUAGCUGAGGUGUAUGCAUUAUGGAGGGCCAUGAAACUGUGUGCUGAACUGAAUUUAAGAAAAGUUCAAUUUGAAGGUGAUGCUUUAUCUGUUGUGAAUGCUGUGAAUAGCUAUUAG